CAGAAAGUCACCGUUCCAAGCUGCGCCUGCCUUUCCCCACGUGGAUCCCUGGCCGUGAGUUCCUUGGAGCGGCGGUUCUGGGGGCGGCCCCGCGUUGCGUCCCCCUCCGGCCGGGCAUGAACCGCUAUCUUGUGCCGGUGUCUGUGCUGGGCACAGCGGUGGGUGGCGCGGUGCUGCUCAAGGAUUAUGUUGCCGGUGGGGCUUGUCCCAGCAAGGCCACCAUUCAGGGGAAGACCGUCAUUGUGACGGGUGCCAACACAGGCAUUGGGAAGCAGACUGCUUUGGAGCUGGCCAGAAGAGGAGGCAACAUCAUCCUGGCCUGUCGAGACAUGGAGAAGUGUGAGGCGGCGGCAAAGGACAUUCGUGGGGUGACCCUGAAUCACCAUGUCAACGCCCGGCACCUGGAUUUGGCCUCUCUGAAGUCCAUUCGAGAGUUUGCAGCCAAGAUCACUGAAGAGGAACAGCAAGUACACGUCCUGGUCAACAACGCGGCCGUGAUGCGGUGCCCCCACUGGACCACUGAGGACGGCUUUGAGAUGCAGCUUGGCGUUAACUACCUGGGUCACUUUCUUCUGACAAACUUACUGCUGGACAAGCUGAAGGCCUCGGCCCCUUCACGGAUCAUCAACCUCUCAUCUUUGGCCCACGUUGCUGGGCGCAUAGACUUUGAUGACUUGAACUGGGAGAAGAGGAAGUAUGACACUAAAGCGGCCUACUGCCAGAGUAAGCUGGCUGUCAUCCUCUUCACCAAGGAGCUGAGCCGGCGGCUGCAAGGUACAGGAGUGACCGUCAAUGCUUUGCACCCCGGUGUGGCCAGGACAGAACUGGGCAGACACACCGGCAUGUAUAACUCUGCCUUCUCCAGCUUCAUGCUUGGACCCAUCUUCUGGCUGCUGGUCAAGAGCCCCCAGCUGGCGGCCCAGCCCAGCACUUACCUGGUGGUGGCGGAGGAACUGGAAGGCGUUUCUGGAAAGUACUUCGAUGGACUUAAAGAGAAAGCUCCGGCCCCUGAGGCAGAGGAUGAGGAGGUAGCCCGGAGGCUUUGGGCUGAAAGUGCCCGCCUGGUGGGCUUAGAGAUGUCUCAUGGGUCCUCUGUGAGGGGAGAGCUCCUCCCCAAAUAACCUGGGAGCAGGUGUGAAAGCCACCAAGGAGGCAGAGUCAUCAGGAUGGAGCAAGACCAAGGAUAACUGCCAUGCCCACAUCACCGUCUAGGUGGCAGUAUUGUAUGGGCCUCAAGAUUUCAAGGAACGUGGCUGCCAUACCCGCUUCACCUCUAGGUGGCAGCACUGGCCAAGGAAUGCUGGCUGCCAUGCCCACAUCACCCUCUAAAUGGCAGUAUUGACCUGGUUUUUUUCUUUUGUGGCCACAGUGGAUUGGACUGCAGGUGGGCACCUUACCCAGGGGUUGGCUGGGGCACUGUGCCUGCCGAGAGGAGCCUCUGGUGUGGGCCACAGUUGGGGACCUUAUGGCUAUGGACAAGUUGUCUGACGGACACGGUCGAGUUCACGGUUCUCUGUGGGACCUUGUACAGCUCCAGCCUCCUCUCCGAGUCUCGGUUUCUCCAACUGUAGAAUGUGUUCAAUAUCUUGACUACCUCACAGGAUGGCGUGAUGCCGAACAGGUCAUUUCUUGGCUCAGUGAAUAGUAGUGUGCAUUCCUUCCCAGAGGAAGUUUACUGAGGGUCUUACAUAAGCCAGACCUGGCCUUGUUAUCCCCCAGUCACGCCCUGGACAACAGCUGCUGCUGCUGAGGACCCCGGAUGCCGGAGUCAUGACCUUUCCUUGGCCCAUAGACUCUCAAGCUUAUUCUUUAAAUAGACUAAUAAUAAAACAUCUAGCUGA